CGGUAAAGGAAAGGCAGCGGAAUCCGAGCGGAGCUCCGCUAUUGGUCGCUGCGGCGGCACCGCCGAGACCCGCGUCCUGAUUGGCUGGCCGGCCUCUUCCUCCCCUUGUAGUCGGCGAGUGGAGCCUGCUGCCUCCUACUGCCUUGGUCGUGGCGCCGCGCCUGGGCGCGCCAUCGUCCGCCGUCGCCCUGGGUCCCCGACGCUUCCGAGACGUCGUGGACGUCCACAGCGAUACCGACGAGGUGUUGGGACGCCGUCAUGGGGCCGAGCAGCGCCUUGGGGAAGGCGGCGGGCGCGCUAUGAACCAGAGGCCGGGCCCCGGGCGCAAGCGCAAGCUGCACCCCGACGUGGCCUCGGUGCUGGAGGCCUCCAAGAGGGUGCGCGUCAAGCGGGAGGCAAGGCAGACGGACCACCGCGCGCCGCACGCCGCCGUGGGCCGCCCCAGGGAGAAGAAGGCGCCCGCUGCCACACCAGCCAAGAAGCCCGCCAAGGCACCCAAGCCAAAGCGUCCCAAGUCGCCCGCGCAGCCGGCACCCCAGCCGGCCCCCGCGGCCAGGCACAACGGGGAGCGGGCGCGCAAGCGAGGCCGUGCCCCGGGCAUCCUGGGCCUGUGCGACUCGUUCUCGUCCAAGUGCGACCUGCGGGGCAGCAAGGGCACCCCCGCCCCCCCUCCUGGCCCCAACCUGCGCCCCAAGUUGCCCGCCUUCCUGGCGACUAUGGCCGCCAUGGAGGAGUGGCCCACGGCCAGGGUGCAGCGGGUGGCCAGCCUCAACGCCAUGGCCAAGGUGCACAUCCUGUACGAAAACGAGAGCCGUCCCGUCAUCACGGAGGUGGACGACUCGGCGACCGAAGACUGCAAAGCCCUGGUUUCCGUGGGAGCGCCCCUUUUGCCCUCCGUCCUCCCUCCGCCGACACCUGUAAAGCGACGCGUGCCGCCGCCGGCCAAGUCCUCCAGGCGGGUGGUGGUCAAGCGCAAGCGGGACGUCCUCAACUCGGACGACGUGGAGAUCAUUGACACCCGGCAGUGCCGCCGCAUGGCCAGCCUCAACGCGCAGGCCAUCAUGGCCGCCAGCUACAGCCGCGAGCGGAACCGCAAGUUCGACAAAGACUCCACCUCUUCCUCCUCGUCGUCGACCUCUUCCGCCUCUUGCGAGGUCAAGGUGGUCCACCACCAGGAGGAGAUCGUCGUCUGCUCGGUCCAGACCAAGACCGUCCGGAAGGUCCAGGAGAAGGCCGACGCCCUCGCGGUCUCCAAGAAGGGAGAGGGCACGGUGGUGCAGCCGUGCCGGCGGCCCCGCAAGGGUGAGGGCAUCAAGGGUGCGCCCUCGUCGUCCUCGGUGGCGGUGAGCGAGUACAGGGAGGUGGUGCACAUCAACACCACCAAGGAGAUGGCAGUCAAGGACGAGCUGCGGGAGAAGGAGGGAGUCACGCACCUGUACCACUACCACACCAAAGCCACCUGCCUACAAAUGCAGACGACGUACAGCGGGGCCCCCCCCACCAGCCCCGCCCCGCACCCCGCGGUGCUGGGCCCCCAGGGGUACUAUGCCGGGCCGGCAUAUCCUCCGCCGCUCACGGGCCCGGCGGCGCUGAUGCCGCCUCCUCCGCCGCCCCCCGUGACCACGGCACCGGCCGCGGGUUAUGGCGUCAACCACGGGAUGGUGGUCAGCGUGGCCCCGGUGCACUACGGCAGUGCCCUCACGGUUCCGCACUAUGGGCACGCCAUGCCGUAUGCGCCUGCUGCGGAGUACGUGCCCGGCUACUACCAGCCCGCGGGCCCGCUGAUCCAGUCCAGCCACGGCCAGUGCCUGAUCCACAAGCCGGUGCCGUACCACCCCCAGCACCGGCCGGGCCCCGUGAGCCCCUCCCCCGCGGCCUACCCCCCUUGCCCCUCCCCCCUGUGCCCCCAGGCCUCCUCCCGCUGCUACUCCGAGCACCUCCCAUGCAGCCCUCCCCCGCAGCAGGGCGCCGGUGCCGCGGCCCCCCCGGCGUACCCCCCGUACCAGCCGGGGCCCUUCCACCCCCAGCCGUCCCCGUUCCAGCAGCCGCAACCGCAGCCUCCCGGCGGUGGCGGUGCGGCGGCAACGCAGCAGCCACCCUCGCCGGCGGAUUCUGGCAGCUCGUUCCAGAUGGCGGCGGCGUCCGCAGCCGUCCCCAAGUCGGAGCCGGUGACCCCGCCGGAGACGAAGUCGCCCCCACAGGGGAACGAGUUUGCGGACGCGUCGAAGGGCACCGAGACGGGCAAGGACGCCACGGUGGACGGCACGACGGCAGCGUUUCAGCCGGAGGCAGCAUUGUCCGUCGUGGAGCCACUGGCUAAGAAGGCGCCACGCGCAGUAGAAAAGCCGGCGAAGCCGCCCGCGGCCCAGCGGAAGGUGGGGCGAAUGCUCUCGUCGGACAACCGGACGGCGGAGCGCAAGGCAGUAAAGAAAAAUGGUCAGACCAGGCCGCCGGGCGAGGCGGAGAAGGCGCCUCCGCAGCCGAAGAACGGCGUCAAGAAGGCGCUGCCCAACCUUUUGUCGACCGUCUGUCUCGCGGAGAAGAGGGUUGCGAAGACAACGGAGCAGCAGUCGCCGGCCUCCGCUGUUGAGGCGCCGUCUCCUGUGUGUGGAGCUUCCGCGGUGCAGCAGGGACAGAGGAAGGGUGUGGUGGUGGUGGUGUCGAACGAUGUACGGGACGACGUGGACGCGGCCGUGCCACCGGCUCCUUCCAAGCCGCGGAAGGAGAAUGGCACGGCGCAGUUGGUUUCGACGAAAAAGACGCCAGUGCCGACAAAGAGUUCCUCGGUGGUGGUGCAGACUAAGGCCCCCGUGGUGUUACCUCCCGCGAGACUACUACUGGCCAAGAGGCCUCCGCGGCGGAAGUUCGCCCACGGCUGGUCUUGGGACGGGGAGCCCUUCCAGAAGGUGGUCGUCAUGAACAACGAGGACGUACCCCAGUACCGGGUGUGCUUCCCGGCGAUGCGCCACGUGGAAGGGGACGUGAUCCGGGUGCGUGACUGCGUGCUGCUGCGGUCGGGGCCCCGCAAGAUCGACCUACCUUUUGUGGCCAAGGUGGCCGCCCUGUGGGAGAACGCCGACGACGGAGAGAUGAUGAUGAGCCUGCUGUGGUACUACAGGCCGGAGCACACGGACCAGGGUCGCAAGUCACACCACAUGGAGGACGAGAUAUUUGCCUCCAAGCACAGGGACGCCAACAGCGUGGCAUGCAUCGAGGACAAGUGCUACGUGCUCACCUUUGCCGAGUACUGCAGGUACCGUGCACGCACCAAGAUGCUGGAAGAAGGUCUGAGGCCGCCCAUGGCCGUGGUGCCAGACCAGGAGGACGGCUACUGCCGCAAGGAUAGGCUGCCCCCCGGCCGUAUGGACCCCCAGAUGGUGUUCUUCUGCCGACGCGUGUACGACUUUCGACAGAAGCGCAUCCUCAAGAACCCUUCCUGAGCUUCCCCCCUCCGUCCCCCCUCUGUGCAUCCCCCUCCACGUUUUUGUUGGCGAGGAAGUGACGCCCUUCUCGCCCACCUUCGUUGGAUAAAAGAGAGAGACAGUGUUGCCGCGACUGCAAGAACCUGCGACCCCGCCACGGCCGCUGAGAGAAGAACGCCGGAGGUGAAACGAGGCUCGAAAAAUGUUGUUUCACCGUAGCUUGUCGCAUCCCCCUUGCAACUGUCCAUUUCAUUUCUUUUUUUCUGUUGCUAAGCCUGUCUGGAUUCCCUUUCUCGACUUACGAGCGUGCUCGGCCUUGUGGCUUCCAUAGACUUUGUGACUGGACGAUUGCGUCGUGUUUGGCCUGUCUUUCGUAUAAUGUUUUUUUUUUUUAUUCUUUUCUUUUAAAAUGUGUAUGACGAGUGUGUGUGUUGCUGCCUCGAAGAAGAAAAAAAAAUACUUGCGGGUUGUCUUCUUUUUUUUUUUAUGGAUGUCAUAUUUUUUGUUUUGGCGAAAAUGAGAGUUUUUAAUUAGGUGAUUUGAGUGAUUCAUCAGCUAUGGUCUGCUUUAGUUUGAAGGACUGUUUGUUUCUGUCUUUAUUUGUCGCAACCUUAUUCCUGCUCAGGGCGAGAAUCGUUUUAUUUGUAUCCAGGCAGUGGCAGUUCUUUCUGUUCUUUGCUGUUUUUAUUGUCAUUGAAGAAGUGAAGUGUCUCCAGGAAUUACCGCGAUUGCCAUGCAAUCUCCAGCAGCAUUUAUUUGCUCUCGCGUGGCUCGCCCAUAAACAUGCUCUGACUUUGAGCAACGUCUGACGAUGGAUGCACGGUCGUCUGCUGCCCGUUUAAUUGCCGUCUGUUGGCAGAAAACGCUUGUGUAGUACCUUCGAGUGGCACCUUCUAAAAGAAACUCGAUCGCAAUCUGUGAAAUCCUUAGCAGAUUGUCGUCUGCUAAGGAAAACUCUGCCUCUAUACCUGCACGACCAUCGUCUGCUAAGAGACUUCUCAGACCUCAGCCUCAGAAAAACUGGUACAACUUCCAUGCCACGUGGCUGAGACACCACCUGCAUCUCGGUCCAGAUAAUUUUGCUCCUUGCAUUUGUAUUAGUUGCUCUAGGCCAUGCUACGAGCGUUGGAAGACCAAAAACAAGAGGAAGCCAAGGAUCUGCCCAUCCGCCGCCAUAGCUGCCUAGGUUUUAUCAUUGACCAUCAGGAAAAUGGUUCAUCGCUCAUCACCUUUGCUUGGGAGAGGAGGGGUCAUGUGCCUCUACCAUCGUCUGACAUGUGUGUCUCGUGGUUGGUUGACAUUGAGCGUUUACUUUGAUCGCGUCUCUCAGUGCCGCCGCGGUGGAUGCGAUGAGAGCGUGGGCGAUGCCCCACUCUUGCGACCUUUUCCCUCUCUUUGACCUGCUGGAAAAGCGGAAAAACUGAACGACGAAAUGGAGAGGAAGGUAAUGGAGGACAGUGUGUACAAGUGAGGACCAAUGUGUGUGUUUUUUUUUAUUAGCUGCUGUGACGACGAAGCUGUCGACUCUUUUCCUUCCUGCUUGCCUUGCGCUGGUUUGGGCAGACACCCGCGGUUUCAUGCUGAAGAUAUGUCAGGACCAGCGUUCCAUCUAGGUUUGUUCAGCUAAUUCUGUAUUUUGUUUUUUAAAUGUGCUAAUUAACGAAAACUUUUUUAUUUGUUUCUGCAAUUUAUUUUAAGCCGGAAGUUACCUUGCUCUUCCUUGAUUCAUGCUAGCCGAGUCCCCACUAAGCAAAUGUUUGUCCAGGUCUACUCGCAGACACGAUAAAAAUACCUCGUCGAUAAUCUUUGUAGGGUGCUUUUCGUCUCGUCAACGAGCAACAAACGAGUUUGCCGGCAACGAAACAUUUUUGCCAUGUUUGUGGGGAGUGUUGGCCGAAUGUUGGCCUCAUUGGAUUUGGCUGCUCCUCCCAAUAGGAGAGUGAACACGUGGUCCUUGAGGCAUGUUUUUGUUCCCUUUCCCCCUUUAGGCGAGCCUUACCACUUUUUUGUUGCUUGCAAUUUUUCGUGUACAUAUUUUGAAAGGGGGGGAAAGUGCUUCAUCUGUCGCUAUGGACGUGCGACCUGCCACCUGAUUUGCCGAUUCAUAGCUUGCCUUCCUUCUCGUGCAAUUGUCAGUUUGUUUGUUGAUUAAUUGCCCUCCUUCCCUUGUUUCCCUACACACCAUUACAUACCUAUAAAUAAAUAUAUAUAGAUUGAUAUAUAUAUAUAUAUACAUAUAUAUAUAUUUUACCCCGUUAGUCAGCUGCGUUAACUUAGGUAGUCGUUAGUCAUAUUUUCGUCCAGUGUUGUUCAUGUUUUUUUUUUUCUUUUUCAUCCCUAUUUUUGCACAGCGAGCACUAAUAUAUAUUUUAUUACGAACACACCUCCAUUACAUUUUUUUUUCCUUGCACAUACCUUUUUUAAUUGCUGUUUCUGUUGGUUUUUUUUUUUAGCGAAACAUACCAACCGAAGGGUGGGUGAUGCAUUGAGAUUUGUUUUUGCUAUUUAUUUGCGCAAACACCCGAUUUGGCCUCCAGGUAUGAAUAGGAACGACAGCGACCAAUGCAUGUAGUCGUGUAUGUAUGUGUGUAUGUGUAUGUUGCUAAUUAUAUCUUCGAUAUCUUGCGCAUGUUUCUGCUAGGUGGCUGCAUCAACCUGUUUUCGUUUCGUCGCUUUAGUCCCGGAUCUGGUGUACCCUGGGGGGAGGAGGAAUAGCGACGAAGGGGGAAGCAAAUUUCACUACUUUGGCGGCACUUGGGCACGGAAUAACAAACUUAUCGCACAUUUUUAUUUAGACUGUGCCGCAUCAUUCGAAGUACCAAACUCGGCACGGAGUGAAAUAGUACCUUAAAGAGCCUGAAAGCAAACCUUCCCCCAUUGGCCAUGCCAGGCAGUAGGGACUAGGUCUACCCUGGCAACGCGGCCUGAGGCAGCUGUGAGGAAACAUCCCAUUUUUUCUCGGUCGAGUGUCCAGUCACGGUACACGUACCUUCUGUGGCAGACAUAAAUUUGGAUCUUGUCCAGUGGAAUUGAGGAAGCAAACUAACCCCUCUUAAUGGGGAAUUGGGGUCACGUGGAUCUUGUGGAUAUGUAUAAAACUUGUUGAAGGGCCUUAAUUACACCGACACAGCAGUGCCGCUUUUUUCUUUUUGCAUGUAUAAAAAAAAGCUUUUUUUUUUUACAUAAAUUUAGUGUCCAGGGGCUGUGUUUCUUCCAAGUGACAGAUUUCGGGGCAUGAUGCGUUUUCACCGCAUCGCCGAAAUUGAGAUGUUUGCUUCCUUUUUGUGGAACUUGCCAUCGCUGCACUCUGGGUCAGUUCCAAAACACUUUUUUCCAUUUCUUUCGUCUGUCAGUUUCUUUUUUUUGGUCAGGCAGUUGAAGUUGAUUAUUUAAAAGUACCGAGUCCUUUGGAUGCCUUUUUGAUUCGCCCUCAUGCCCCCACUGCAGGUCUCUGGAGAGUGCCCAAUCUGUGAUAGGUAGCAGUGCAUAAAUGACACGGUGGAAGCUUUGGGAGGCCUCGAUGCUUCCGCGUCUCCUUCGGUCGGUUGCAACGGGACAAAGUUAGUCGGGAAGAGGUGUGUACGGCACGAUCACUAUCUAUACUGUCUCCUUGUUUUCUCGGAACUCUGUAUUCAUCCAUGUGCCUCAGCAAUCGACUCCUUUUGAGAUACGGCUGGUGGGUGGGCGGGCUCGUUGUUCCCUUCUGUUUGUGCGUUUGCUGCGAUACCCAACUUUGGUUUUUUGUGGAUUUCUUUUCUAGUGUGUGUCUCCGUUUUUCCUCUAGAAAGAAAGAAAGUGCAUUUGAUAAAGAGAAUAAUAAAGUGAAUUGAAAAGUGUC